AUGAGCGAUACCCCCAACAAGAACUCCGUCGUCACGAUGACGAUCUGGAUCAUUGUCGCGAUUAUGAUCGUCAUACUCCUGAUAAUCAUCGGGUGUGUGAUGAAGCAAAGACGUCGUGGUGCUGCAAGGCGCCGCGGAGGCGUUGAAGCUGGCCUGAAGCAGAAGAUCGGCCGGCCAACACCAUACAACGCGCCUAUCCGCAAGCUGCCGCACGGCCCUCGCCCGACCAUACCUCCGCGCACCUCUUCUCGUCAGCAUCCCGUGCCAGUCCACAAACACGCAACACACCAUCUCCCAACUAACCCAAAGGUCGGACCACGACCGAUGCUUCCUCCUGGAGCUAUUGUGCGACAGGCAGGCCGGCCUGUACCUCCCAUGAAGGGACCACCUCCAAGCCAGCCCUUGCCAGCACCGCCUCAGAGAGCUAAGUUGUCCCUGAAAACUAAUUUUGGCCCAACUAUGGGCCGAAACAGCCCGGUGAGUCCGAUGACGCGUAAGGAUUGGGCUUAUAGAGGAAACAGCGUUGUCAGCCCUAUGUAA